UCUUUACCUAAUGAAUCUUUUGAGGAUCAACAGAUUCGAAGCUAUGCAGCGGAAUGUCAAAACUUGGGUGCAGCUCUGGGAAAUGCUUCUAACGAAAACGUUUAUCAUGUCAUUUAUUUGCUUAACCCUCUGACAAGCCUAUCAUCCAACAUUCAGCUUACCCGGUGCUUUGGCGGGUUGAUGGAAGCCUACAGUCGUGCUAACGUCAAGGCUGCAGGCUCAAAGCCUGUUAUGCAACUUGUUCCCGCAGAACACGUCCUACGACCCUCCUCGUUUGGCGGAUGUUUGAAAUUUGGGCUGAAAGAGAUGGCAUUUUCUGUCUACACUAAAUGCCAUGCUAUUGUGACAAGACAACGCAAUGGAUUCUCUGAUCAUGCACCUUUAGUAGCUGAGAUCUAUGCACCUCCCUUUGUGCUACCGAAGCCGGUACCGACUAACAUACAGUACUCACUAAAGAAGAAACUUCCCACUUUUCCUACCAUACUUGAUGGCCAUGCUGUGCUACAUAUAGGUUACUGCUUUAGCUUUGAUGAUAGAUGGAUGAUUAUUGUAUGGACUGAUAACAAUGGAGAACUAAUAGAAUACGCAACAUUGGACAGUCGUCUCGGCAAUCAAACCCGACAGGACAUGUUUGGAGAAGCAUGGCGCCGCACCAAAGCCAUCUCUAAGCGAACAGGAUAUUCAUGGACGUUUGUGAUAGCAAAGAUUGGUCUCAUGUUUGAAGAUGAACUAAAGGCAUGGCUAAACUGUACUGGAUCAGAAGAGAAAGCGGCCAUUGUGUGUUUAGACCUUGAAUCACCGUUACAUGUUUCACCGAUUCCAAGCGGUCAUGCGAAUGAAUCUGCAUCAUCGACCGUUGGCAUUGGCAUAGAUCCUAUAAGCAACAAUAGCGCUCAAGCCAUGAUGAAUCCAGGAAGCAUAGGAGGAAUGGGAUCAGGAUUUAAUCAUAAAAAGCCAGUAUCUUCAGUUGAUGAAAAUGGAGCAGGUCAGACAAAGGCGCUGCUACUGAAUCAUCGCGUUGCUUAUUCCACCAAAAGAGAACGCGCAUCUCUUGCUACCUUAACCAUGAACCCGAUUUCUGCUACAGAGAGCUGGAUGAUACCCUUAGCCAGUGGCUACAUGAUCCAUACUCCACUACCUACAGAAAAUUCAUGUCAUGAACUAUUUAAUUGUAACCUACCAGUUAUAGAGAUACAUUUAGUUUUUAAUCAAACCAAUCAUUCAGCAUACAGCACAUUAAGAGACAUAAUCAAGAAAUACCAUGAUUUAUCCUUUGUGAAUAUCAUGCCAUCUAACAACAACUGUUUUCCUAUUCAUCUUGCCCUUAUUGAACGACUCUCGCGUAUAUUACUUGUAGUUAAUGCAUAA